AUGCCAGAGACGUCAGGACGGCCACUGCUGCCCCAGACGGCACAGAUGCAGAGCUUCGCCUUUGCGCCGCCCACGCUGGCGCCGCGUGAGAACCAACGCAACUAUGUCUUCGUCGACGAGCACAACAGGCACAAACGCCUGAAAGUAAUGAGAGCAUGUGAAGGAUGUCGCAGGCGCAAGAUCAAAUGCGACGCUGCAACCACUAACGCCUGGCCAUGUGCCGCGUGCAUCCGUCUGAAGCUCAAUUGUGUCCCUCCCACUGUCAGCUACGACAAAGACUUCAAUGAAAACUCGCAGACCUUCGAGCUGGAACCAAGGCCCGAGGAGUAUGCGCCGCCGGGCGCGCCUUCCCAGCACGACUACCAACGCCAUGCAUCCAUGCCACACAUCAUGCCUCACCAGAUGCCACCCAAUCUUCCAACGCCGGUUUCCGCGAUGUAUCAGUCGUCUCCGUAUCCCGAACCGCAACCGCAGGAGGCCAUGCAUUAUCCCACUAUGUCUCAGUCACAACAGCAAAUGAGCUAUCCACCUCAGCAGGCGUACUCCCAAGCAUCAGCUGCAGCACCAGCGAUGGUCAUGACCCCACCAGAAACUGAGCCUCACUGGAGGAAUGAAUCUGUCUCGAGCCUUUCCGAUGCCUUAGGUGAACUCAAGAUCGAUCAUACAGCCAUUGCGCCUUACAUCACCAAUCAGAAGAAAGCGCUUGCAGAAACACCAGCACAGGAGGAAUACGAAGUACAGCUGCCAGCCUCGGUCAGUUUGGAUCACAUUGUCCGCAUUCCACAAGAGAUGAUGCCUUCUGAGGAGCAGGCACUGCAUUACUUCGAUUACUUCUUCACCAACAUCCACCCUUACGUACCAGUCGUCAACAAGUCCUACUUCUACCAGCAAUGGCACAGUGCGCGCGACUCCAUCUCUCCACUUAUGCUCGAGGCCAUUUUCGCGUGCUCGACAAUGAUGCUGGGAGAUGCCGAGGAGGGUAAUAAGUGGUUGGCACUCGCCUCUAAACACGAAGAAAGCUUCAAGGACGUAUCUCGACUGAGCACGAUGCAGGGAAUGGUUCUCCUGGUAAAGGCACGUGAAGGCUCUCCCAAACGUGGUUACUUCUGGCGCUCUUGGAUGGCUGUCGUCAGUCUCACCGCCAUGGCAAAAGACCUGGAGCUGCACGAGCACUAUGACACGCACCAGAUGGGCAGAUCUUGUGGAUCUAGCGCUCACGAUUGCAUUGCCAAAACAAGAGUGUGGCAGAUGUGCCUUGUAUACGAAGCCAUGAUCGGUGGACCCCAAGGACGAUACGACUACAGCGUUGAGCUGGACACAGUGGACUUCGAUAUGCCAAGACCCACACCUGGCCAGGACCCCUCAGAAUUCCAGAUUUCCCGUCAAUUCAUCCAGUACAUUCGAAUCGCAAGGAACGUCUACCUUUCAGCUUUAAUGUAUGGCAAGCUACGAAAGAAGACCACAGACUGGGCUCUAGAUCCAUCUUUUGUUGCGCACAACGCGGAUUUUUCGCUCUGGCAGCGAGAACUGCCUGAUGACCUCCAGAUUUCCUACCCACCAGACAAUUCGGCACCUUGGAUCCCAUCGCAUUACAUUGCAAACUUGCACAGCUAUCAAGCACUCGCUAUCGUAAUGCAUUUCAGACCACAGGUCAAUGCAGUAGCGGAAUCUUACGAUGGCAUCUGGAAACAGCACAUGAUGACAUGCUACUCAGCUGCGAAGACUAUGUGCAAGCUCCAAGAAGCGAUCCUAAAGACGUAUGGGAUGCCUGGCUUGUUGUGCAUGUUACGGGGCAUGAGCUUUACAAUCUACGCGGUCCUCACCUGCACUAUGCUUCACCUGGUUGCCAUCACUUGUCCAGACCCAGACAUCAACCGCGAUGCUCGGGACUUCUUCGUGAGACACAUGCGUGUCCUCGAAGCUUGCGCUCCGUCCUGGCCAAUGCCUGAGAUGCAAGCUCAGGUCAACAGCUUGCGUCAAGCUUUCUCAGCAGACAUCUCGAAGCCAUUCGAGCUGAAACCCACAUUCCCCUUCGGAAGCCCACAAGUGGCGCCUCGAUCAAGUCCUUUAAGCAACCAAGGCUCCUACCGACCUCGUCACCCGAGUCAUCCUUCGCCGUUAGAACAACCAGGUCAGAUCAACUACCAUGCCCACCCCAUUACUCCACCAACAUCGGCGUGCGACCUCGGUUCGAAGACUGACUCCCCUGUAGCUCAGUCGCUGGUCAUGAUGGCGUCCGGUCAACGUGCGCCUCAGUCAAGUGCGGGUAUGCAGAUGCAGGAGAAUGUGCAAUGGAACCCGCAACGCAUUUUCGAUCAAUGGAAUGUAGCGUUUGGUACGCCUCCCCCCACCGCGUCCUCCUCGUCUUCCCCGCCGCUAAGACCCCCACCUUCAGGCACGAACUACGAUAUGCGCCCUCAGGACUCCAACUCGCCAAACUACCAACUAUCAAGCGUUUCGCCACAGCAAAGCGCCAUCCAAGGAGCACCAGUCCAACUACCUACGACUUCAAGUUAUGCCGCUGCGAAUCCAUCCUACGUCACCCCAACCAUGUGGCAAGAGGUUGUUGCUAGCUCUUUCCAGCCCGGGUCCAAGAGAGGAUGGGAUCAGGGUAGCUCCUCAAUGGUCGACCAGUCGAUGUACAAGCGUGCACGAUGA